UAACGACAUCGAUCUUCAGCUUCGGGUUUCCUCCAUCACGCCAGAGGUCGUCCUCCCGGAACUUCGUCCUUUCGUUCGGCCUCAAUGAACCGCCAACGCCUCUCUACCUUCAACCUUCCCUCCGACAUUCCUACGUUUUGGCAGUCUGUUGUGGACCCCGCUCUAUCGUUCAGAAUCAGGCAGUUGGACGUGCCGAUUUUGGACGCAACCAAGUGGGCACAGUGGUGGCACGCUUACAUGGCGCUCAACUUCUGCCUCCUCGAAGUCGUUUUCCAUUGGGCGAAACCUGCUCAAAGGAGCAAGAAGGACGAGAUCCCGGACAACAAGUCGGAGUUAUUGAUUGUCCAGGCCUGGAGGACGGACACAAAGGGUGAGAUUUUGGGGAUCCUGUUUGGGGAAGUAUGUGACGGCCACCUGGAUUCAAUCACGGACGAAGUGCUGGUGUUCUUGACCCAACUGCUGGACGACCUACCCUUGGACAUCCUCUCGCACUGCGACGAAAGGUCGGGGACUGCCACACUCGCCCGUACCUUGACCCCCUAUCUCAUGUGGUCUACGUGCACGGUGCUCGACGUGGAUCAUUGCUACUAUCCCUUUGAGGGCGCUUACCUGGUUAUUGACGUCACUGAUCUCUCCUUCUUGGAUCCUCUCAUCCCGCGAGUGAACGUAGCAGAGACCAGCGAGGAAGCCGAAGAGGAGGAAGAGGAAGCAGUCGAGGAAGGGAUCGAGGAGGAGGACCAUCUUCAGUACACGGAAGGAGAGGAAAUGCCAGAAGAGGAAGAAUCAGAGGCUGAGUCGGACGAUCCCGAUUAUCACGAAUCGGAGAACGCGGAGUCAGAAGAGGCCAGCUUGGAACGGGAGGAGACUGAGGAAGAAGAGGCCAGAUUGGGUGAGUCGAGCGGUUCCGACGAACUGAGCAGGGAAGAGAGAGAGGUCGUGGCACAGAGGAAACGGGCAGUGGUAGAAGGCAAGCAGCUGAUCGAGGAAUUGGGAGGGGCACCGCCGCAAUUGCUACAGGGCGAUCCGACGCUCAAUUUGGAACUGCCACAAGAAGAGGCCGAGAGAAAUGGAGGCGCCACGAUAGAGGGAUCGGGAAGCCGGCGUCGCCGAAGAAGCGAAUCCCCGGCCCAAUCCUUUCCCCGACCCAACCUUCGCCUACGUCGAGAUGCGGGCGCUCAGGCUUCGUCCUCGAUUGUUAUCCCAUCGUCCUCAUGACUUCCUCACUCUUCAGCAGCUCGUAGGCCGACCCCCAUUCCCUG